CGAAGCGAGCUGAACCGAGCCGAGCCGGGUCGGAUCCAACAGCAGCAGGAUGAACGGCGCAGCUAUGUAUCCCCCUGUCAGCGGCCCCCCAGCCAACAUGUUCAACAAUGUGCCCGGUUAUGAGGGCACCAUUGCAGGAGGAGGUGGUUUUCUUCCUCCUCCCAUGCCCCUGGAGCCUGUGGCCCCUCCUCAACCCGGCCCUGUUCCUGACAACUGGAGUAUCCCGUCCCUGGAAGAGGAUGUGGCUCGUGAGGCGUUCAUGAGCUAUGCGUCGUCUCAUUGCUGCUACAAUGCCUCUCCGGCCAAAGAUGGAGUCAUCACCAGCAUGAAGCCCUACGACACCUACAGGUACCGGCUGGAGACCUAUACUGAGUCCAGGUCCACUGAGUGGUCCCAGAAACCUCAUGAAGGUGAGGCAGCUGACUUCUACACUCAGACCGCCCCCCAGCCCUGGGAGGUGCCGGCCCAGGCCCCCAGCCUCUUCACCGAUCACAAGCUGGAGAUGCGGGUGCCCUUCACCUCUUCCAUCAAGGACUGCAACAUCUGCCACAGCUCGGGGGCCAUGCCCUGCGAGGACUGCAAUGGACAAGGACAUAAAGAGUGCUGGGCGUGUCAUGGCAAUGGUCAGGCGUGCACUACCUGUAACAGUACUGGCCAAGAGAAUUGUAGAAAAUGUGAUGGGCGUGGCACAGAGAACUGCAAAACCUGUGAUGGGAAACGACAACUGCUGACCUUUAUCCAGCUCAAGGUGGAGUGGACUAAUCAUGUUGAGGACCAUUUGGUGGAGCUGAAGAGUGAUCUGAAGGACGAUGAUAUGAGCUCAGUUAGCGGGAAGGAGCUGUUCAAGAACAACCAGUACCUGCUCUACCCCCUGAUCGGGUUCCCAAACCCGGCCAUCUCUGAGGCCUCCGAGCGCCUGAUCAGAGAUCACCAGAGCAAGUACGCCCAGACCUCCAGGAUCCUGCAGCAGAGGCAGACGGUCGAGCUGAUCCCCAUCACCAAGGUGAAGUAUAAGUGGAAGGGCGACUCUCACGACUACUUCGUCUACGGCAACGAGCACAAAGUCAGCACCGACGACUACCCAGCGACCUGCUGCUGUGUCAUCAUGUAGACAGACACACAGACACACACACAUACAGAGCUGAACUUGGCUGUUUAUUCUCCGUAUUGUUUCUUUAUUUCAUAUCAGCCUCUCCCUCCACGACACAACACAAGAUGAUGUUUCCAGAUCAUCAGAGUCAAUCCUGGGUUCAUACAGUACACACACAUUGACACACAC